CCAGCCUGCAGCUUCGGCAGAACAGCUCAGGUUCUGGAGAUCUAACCUGGGCUAGACUACUUGGUAAGGUUUGAGGCCUCCCCUCUUCCUUCCUCGAAAAUGGUUGCUCCCACACCGCCCGGAAGUACUCGUGGUCGGGUCCCGGGAGCGGACUGGUGGCGGGACAUGGAGCUGCGGGGUCGUGCCGGCAGUCCAAGCGGAGCACUGGCGUCCCCGGAACCGGCUCAGGCCUCGGUGACCCUGGCGCAGCUGCUGCAGCUUGUCCAGAAGGGCCAGGAGCUCCCGGGUAUAGAGAAACCUCACAUCACCGUGAUCCCCGGCGAACCCACGGCGUCGCUGCUCCCCCGGAGGCCCAAGCCCUGGGAGGACGCGGGCUCAGCCGCAUCAUCCCACACCACCGCCCUAGACGCGUGCGCGCCAUCCCCGACCGUCGAGGAGCCGGCCUGCUCAGCCCAGCACGGCGGAGGCCCAGCGGGUUCCUGAGCUCGAGGGCUUUUGCAGCCGUGAUCCAGAGGGCGUGACUGGGUCCUGCAUGAACCUGAGGGUCUGGACAGCUGCUAGCUUUACUCAUCUUUCUGCAUCUGCUGUGAUUUGUCCCAACCAGACCCAGUCCUCCCGGGAGACAAAUGUUGCCCAGGAAUUUCGGGGUCGGACGCCGAGUUUCAACUUCAUACUUGUAAUCUGUCUGCAGAAUUGAAACAAGUCUAUUUUACCACC